GCUGGUCUAAUUGUGCAAGUGUGAAGCAACAAGCAAUGAAGUGCCAGGCAGUAACUACUUUAUAAUUAAAAAGGUCUCUACGAUGUUGAUUGAUAUGGUCCUAUCGCUUACACCAAACGAAGGACACUCUCUCAUCAUUCAAUUGAAAUAAAAAAAAAUCCAAAUCUGGUGUCACUACAGUCCCACAAAAAAACUUCAGCAAUAUUCAACAUACAAUGACAGCACUACCAUAAUUACCGAAAUCAAGGUUACAGUAAUUUUAUCCACCAUAAUCUGAUUAAUACGCUAUAGGAUGUGGCAUCUCGCGCUUGUGUUUCUCUCUGCCCUUUCCCAUGGGUUUUGUCAAGCGCCAUGGUGGAGCAAUACAGUUUACUACAGGAUCCUGGUGGAUUCCUUUAAGGAUGGCGAUGGUGAUGGUCUAGGGGAUUUAAAAGGUGCAAUAAAACAACUAAGCUACGUGCGGGCAGUAGGAGCGGACGCAGUGAUCCUCUCAUCCUUAUCUUCUAGAAGUAAAGAUUGCUCCAAACCUGGCGUCAUUGACUUUGCUGCCAUCGACGAGCGAUUUGGAGACAUUGAUACUUUCAAUAUUUUUAUGGAAAAAGCUAAGAAAAUUGAUCUGAAGGUAGUAGCAACCCUACCACUGCGAACUGUGAGCUGUGAUUCGGAAUGGUUCUCGUCCAGCGCCGACCGCGUCCCCGGCUUUGAAGAUAGGAUUGUGUGGCUCGAAGGCAGUGCUGAUGAUCCUCCACCAAAUGAAAGUGACUCUAUCAAAUGGGUGUGGCAUGAACCGCGUAGCGCUUACUGGAAGUUUGUUAAUGGAGAAGCCCUCUUAGAUCUCUGUUCUGAGGCUAUAGCCGGUGCCUUAUCAGCCGCUCAGUGUGCUUGGAUCAGGCGAGGAGUCAACGGCCUGCUCCUUAAUCCAGAUUUCCUAGAUCAGAAAUGUGGAGAGAAUUUACUAAAGAGAUUGUCGUCGGAAGCUGUCAGUUGUGCUCGAGGAGCUGGGAUGGAUAUCCCAGUUAUAUUGGUAGAAUCAUCUCUUCAUCCCGAGACUGCAAUAAUGUAUUACGGAGAGAAUGGAGCAGGAGCCAAUAGUAUCAUUAGCACUGCUCUAGCGAUGCCGACCAGACCCUCGGCAGCUUCCCUCGGAAUAGCGGCUCAUGCUGCAAUGCUGAUAGCUCCUCCGGAUGCUUUACCUACUUGGAUUACCAGUGCAAGCGGCGAGAGUCGCACCACAUCUCGCUAUGGUAGCGAGCUGGUAGAUGCCGUGAACCUCCUGGCCUUGACACUACCAGGAGCUGCCAUCAUCCAACAAGGUGACGAGUUGGGAGCCGCAGACACGAUACUUGAAUGGGCCACUAAUAACAACUGCUGGCCACAUCCAGGAGUGACAUCGGCCUCGCCAUUCCCUUGGGAUGACACUGUUAAUGGAGGUUUCACAGCUGGAGAGCCCUGGCUGCCCCUGGCACCUAACUAUAGAUAUGCCAAUGCAAAAACUGAGUUUAAAAAUGACUUCAGUCAUGCCAGUGUGGUAAAAGUCGCGGCUGCUAUGAGGAAGAGUCCAGCAAUGGGACCUCAUGCUGAGAUUAAACGUCUCAGUGGAGCCCUGGCUGUACUAAGAUGGGGGGGCUCUGGAUCUCUGCUAACUGUUGCUAAUCUUGCUCGAGACAUUACUGACGUCCAGCUGUCCAGAAUACCAGGUCUUCCAGCUGAAAUGACCGUGGUCAUCAGUUCUGCUGGCUCUAGGUAUUCUACAGGCUCUCAUAUUGCUAUAGACAAGUCAUUAAAACUAGGACCUGGAGAGGCAGUGCUCUUUGCAGGAGGACCAAGGCAUUGCGGUGGACCCGGCCCCGUAGAUAAGAUUGCGACAAAAAUAACGGAAGGCUGGCAGAAACUGAACAAAUAUUUUGGGAGUUAAGACUCUACGUUGAAAAUUAUCUACUUAUUGAAUUUUGGGAAAAUGUUUCAAAAAUUCGUUGAGUUGUUUUUUUUAAUAUUAUUAUUAAAAUUAUAAUUUAA